AUGUUCAAAAUUCAUUUGAACAACAACCAGAACUGUUAUCUAAAGGGUAUGGUGAGUGAUGAUAGUGGAGAGGCUUUCUGUUCUGAGAGUGGCCAUAGUUCUCAAGAUAAUGGAGAUGAUUUUGAUGACAGUGAAUACAAUGUGGAUGAGUCUAACAGACAAUUUGAUGUAGAUGUAGACAUGAUGGAAUUCCAUAAUGUUGUUGAUGUAAAUGAACAUGGAAUCUUGAACAAUCAUGCAAAAGAUAAAGGGAAUAACAUGAGGGGUGAUGAGUUGGAAGUUAUUGCCACUGAUGAUUAUCAAUUUGCGGGAUUUCAUGAAGAUGCUAGGAAGAGAAUGCUAAAAGAGUUGAGUAACUAA